UUUGAAUGCAACAUAACACGUGAUAGCAUCUGACAGCUCAGAGGAGGAACACCAACAUGGCGGUGUGUAUAGCAGUAAUCGCAAAAGAGAACUACCCGCUGUAUAUUCGCAGUGUGCCCACUCAAAAUGAGCUGAAGUUUCACUACACAGUACACACCUCUCUGGAUGUGGUGGAGGAGAAGAUCUCAGCUGUGGGCAAAUCUUUGGGAGACCAGAGAGAGCUGUACCUGGGUCUGCUCUAUCCCACUGAAGACUACAAAGUAUAUGGAUAUGUAACCAACUCCAAGGUGAAAUUUGUCAUUGUUGUGGACUCAUCAAACACAUCAUUACGGGACAAUGAAAUUAGAAGUAUGUUCAGAAAAUUACACAAUUCUUUUACCGAUGUGAUGUGCAACCCAUUCCACAAUCCUGGGGACCCCAUUCAGUCUAAGGCCUUUGAUGGUAUCGUAUCUGGAAUGAUGGUGCAAACUGGCUGACAUCCCGUCUACCCCUUCGUCUGAGCUUCCACUGUACAGAAUACCCCUAAUUUUUUGCUGACAUGUUGCCUUGAUUAUUGAAAUGCCGACGUAAUAAAUCUUAACUAUUGUUGUACAUCA